CCUCUCUGACCUCAGUGACUUCAGCGACCCCUUCUGGAACUUCCAAUGCCUCGGCUUUGCAACGCCUGCCAGGAGCCAUAAUCAUCGGGGUGCGCAAAGGAGGCACCAGGGCCCUGCUGGAGAUGCUCAACCUCCAUCCAGAUGUGGACGUAGCCAAGAACGAGAUCCACUACUUCAACCUGGAUGAAAAUUUUCGGAAGGGUCUGGACUGGUAUCGCGCCCAGAUGCCCGUCACUCUCCCUGGGCAGCUGACGGUGGAAAAGACCCCUGGCUACUUCACAGCACCACUGGCCCCAAAGAGGAUAUGGGCCACGAAUCCAGCUGUGAAACUGCUGCUGAUCGUUCGUGACCCUGCAGAGAGACUUGUAUCAGACUACACACAAGUUCUCCAUAACCGAAUUCAGCAAAACAAGCCAUACCAACCACUCGAAGAGCUGCUGCUGUCUCAAGGACACAUCAAUCCCAAAUACAAGGCCCUUCAGAGGAGCUUUUACUACCAGCACCUUGCCAGAUGGUUGGAGCUUUUUCCCAGAGGGCAGAUGCACAUUGUGGAUGGAGAGGCACUUAUUAGGAAUCCGUUCCCUGAGCUGCAGAAGGCGGAGACGUUUUUGGAACUUCCACCUCAGAUAAAGCCAGACAAUUUCUACUUUAACGUCACUAAGGGCUUUUAUUGUAUGCUGUCUGCAGGACACGACAAGUGCCUGGAUGAGUCUAAAGGAAGACCCCAUGCUCCGCUUAGCAACGAGGCUUUCCAGAAGCUUUGCCGCUACCUGCGGGUUCCCAAUCAAAUCUUUUUCAGAAUGGUAGGACAAAGGUUUGACUGGUGCUAAAAGACAGAUGAAAAAUGAUUGACAGCUUUUAUAGAGACUGAGAAUGAAUGGGAUUUAAACUACUAUUGGAAACCCAUUUUGUGAAAAUGUUCUAAUAUUGUCAAAGGAAUGUGGCAGCAACCAGUUUGCAAGAGGGCUAAGCAAAGAGACUAGCGCCAAAAAUGGUUCUGAACACUGAUACACUUACAGUUUGCCUUCUGUGGAAAAUAGAAUAGAUCUGCAGAACUGCUUAAAAAAAAACUCUUUAACUCCAAAAGGCUCAGUUCAAACAGACUACUGAUAUGGAGGAAAUGAGAUUGAAAAGAUUGGAAAUGUCCAAAGUACUGAAAACUGAACGUGAAAACUCCAAGAAUUGCAUAUAAUAAGAAAAAUAAAAACUCAAAUGU